CUUGUCGUCUUGUCGAUCAUAUUGAUCGUACACACUACACAGCCAUACACUAUACAAGUCUAAACUAUUACUGUAGAUGACUUACUAAACACGAUGACUAGUAGAUCGCGAGAACGUAAUGCCAUUAACAGAUUUCACAACAUCAAUUCUCGUAGUGAACGUUAUAAUGAAUACGAUGAUCGAAAUACAAGACCUUGCACUAGAGGAUUUGAUAGAUACUCAGAUCGUCAUGGUUAUAAAAAAAAGGUGACAUUCAAAGCAAACAACAAUGGAGGAAAUCAAUAUCGUAAAAGUUGGGAUAGUAAAACUGACUUGGUUCGUGAUCAAUUGGAUGGUGAAUUUUCUAUUCGAAAUGGACCAUCAAGAAAUAUUGCUCGUCAAAGGUCUUUUCCCGAAAGAAAUCUUGAACGAAGUGGUCAUUGUAACUUCAGAAAUUUACAGUCUUUAAGAGAAAGUAUUACUGGAUGGUACUCAGUAUUUGUGCCAAAUGUUGAAGAUAGUGACGAAGUUUUACAAAUAAUACAAACGUAUAACAAACCAGUUAUACUAUAUCCAUAUAAUAAACAAUAUUUCGAUAAUGCAUUAAGAUUUUUUGUUGAUGAUUAUAAGGUUGCUAACGCAUUGCACAACACUAGCUAUAAGAUAAAACAAAGAGAUGAUCGAAAAUUAAUUAUAAAGGUGUUACCAUAUUUGCCUCCACGUGGUCCUAUAUCAUUCACACCAGUAUCCAAUGAAGUAAGAGAGAAAAUGAUAGAAGCAAUGGCGACCAGUUACAAUCCUAGUACCAAGAGUUUGGAUUUGUCACGUUUUCAUACUUGUCCAUUAUUUACCGACAACCAACUGUUUGUACCAUUAAAUCGACCAGCAGUUCUUUUAGCAGCACUGAAUAUAGUUGCUCAACACACCAAACAUGAUUUGUAUGGCUUAAGUCUUGAAAAUAAUCAUAUUUAUUUAGGGGAAGGUCUUGUAUGGAUACGUAGAUUGUUUCCUGAACUGAAAGUGUUGGAUUUGGCUGGGAAUAAAUUUUCUGAUUUAAAAGAGUUAAAGUGUCUUUCUGGUUUUAAUAUUGAAGUGCUGAACUUGCAAGGAAAUCCUCUGUGUGAUACAGUAGACAAAGAGCAGUACAAAUGGAACUUACAACAAUUUUUUCCUAUGCUGAUUAAGUUGGAUAAUUCAGAACUGCCAUCUCGAUACAGUACCAUUGGAACCAAAUUUAAAAUGCCAAUUCACUUGGGUAAUUGUUACCCAAUACCAGAAGGCCAUAACCCUGAACUACCAAAUCCUGUGAUGAGUUUAGUUGAAUCUUUUCUCACUCAAUACUAUGAACGUUUCGAUAAUCAAGUGUCCAGGCAAAUGGUUUCAGAAGCUUACCAUGAAAAUGCCACAUUUACAUUAUCCAGCAAUUUUCUAUUGAAAAAUGUCAAAGGUAGUUUAUCACAAUAUUUGCCUGAAAGUAGAAAUUUUUUAAAAAAUGAUAGAAACAAACAAGAAAGAGGUCGUUAUUUACACAAAGGCAAAGAAAAUAUAAUUAACUUUCUUGACAAGUUACCUAAAUCCAAGCAUGAUCUUGGCUCAUUUAUAGUUGAUGUUCCAUUGGCAAAUGCUGCAAUGAUUCAGAUUGUACUGAAUGGUGUAUUUGCUGAAGACUUUAAAGAAACCAACCAUAGGCAUGUAUACCGUUCAUUCUGUAGAACAUUCUGUAUAGUAUCUGUUGGAAGUGGUUGGAGUAUAAUUAGCGAUAUGUUUUUUGUAACAAUAGUCACCGAUGAGUUAUUAUUAGAGUCUUCAAAACGGUUCCAUGUUUUUAAACCAAAACCAAUUUCAUCAAAAAGAAAUAAUUCUAAUGGUAACAACAACCAAAAUGUAACUAUGUUUAUGGAGGAUACAGAUGAAAUGACUGGCAUGGAAUCAUCGUCAUCUUCAUCCAGCCAGCAGCAACCCACACCCAGCUACCCACCACCAUCUUAUCAGCAAUCCACAUUUUCAUCAUAUCAGCCUCCCUCAAUGACUGCUCCUAUGAAUCCACAGCAGCCAUCACCCUAUCAAGGGGGUAUGUCGACAUCUACUCCACAGAUCCAACAAAUGGCACCUGUUGCUACUGUAAAUUUCCAACCAGACUCACAACAGCAGCCAACUGCCUCAUUUAAUAUGUUUAACACAAUAUCACCUUCAACUCCUGCCUCCUUCCCUGUAAAUCAAUUAUCUAAUGAAAGACCUGUAAAUUUGACCAGUGAUGUUAAUGCAAAUCCUGAUAAGAUGACUAUGGUUAAGAGUUUUUCAAAUGAGUCUGGAAUGAAUAAUGAAUGGGCUAAAAAGUGUUUAGAAGAAAAUGGAUGGGAUUAUGCUAAAGCUGCUGCAUGUUUUUCAGAACUGAAACCUAAUAUUCCUCCUGCUGCUUUCAUACAUUAGUAAACAUAGUUUGAUAUAAAUAAAUCUUUCAAUUUUUUCGAUUUAUUUUUCCAUAUUGUCAAUAAUUUUAAUAAAAUAAAAAAAAAAAAUGUAUAUUUACUAUUUUGUGGAACAACCAAAACCAUAUUUUUUUAUCAUAACAAUUUUUUUUUUGUUUUUUUUUUGAUUUUUUCCGUCGAGUUUCAUAAAUAAUAUAAUGACAUUAUAUAAUAUUAUAAUAUAGUAGUUAUAAUAGUUGUUUGUAUCUGGGGCUACUCCGGAGAUAUCAAAAAUCACAGCUAAAGGGCACUGAAAAUAAUAAAACUGAACAUCUUAUUAAA